CUCCUGACCUUCACUCCCUUUGUCCGACGACAUUCACCAGACAACAUGCUCCCGCGAUCACUGGCCACAGUGAGGGCUUCGGCACGCAGCAGCGGCAGCAGCAUCAGUGCGCUCGUCGGCAGGACCGGGACCUCCUUGCUGGGACAAAGAGCAGCUACUGCAAGGCUCUCCUCGUCGAUUGCACCGGGCGCCACACCGACGUCGUCGCUCAUCAGCUACGGCAAGCUCGACAACGGCGUCCGCGUCGCCACCGAAGCCACCCCGGGCCACUUCUCGGCCGUCGGCGUCUACAUCGAUGCCGGCUCCCGCUUCGAGCGGCCCUGGGUCGCCGGCGAGAGCGGCGUCAGCCACCUGAUGGACCGCAUGGCCUUCAAGGCGACGAGCAACCGCACCGCCGACGAAAUGUCAAAGGACAUCGAGGCCCUUGGCGGCAACAUCAUGUGCUCCUCGUCGCGCGAGACGAUCAUGUACCAGUCGUCGUUCUUCAACCAGGACCUGGACAAGGUGCUGCGCAUCCUCGCCGACACGACCAUCAACCCCGUCCUGUCCGACGAGGAGCUCGAUGCGCAGCGUGCCGCCGCCGCCUGGGAGAUUGACGAGAUCUGGAACAAGCCCGAGAUGAUCAUCCCCGAGCUGCUCCACAGCGUCGCCUAUGCCAACAACACCCUCGGCAAUCCGCUCCUGUGCCCCGUCGAGAGCCUCGAGGUGAUGAAGAGCGACAACCUGCGCGACUAUAUGCGCCGCUUCUACACGCCGCCCCGCAUCGUCGUCGCCGGCGCUGGCAUGCAGCACGACCUGCUCAUGGAGCUCUCUAACCGCUACUUUGGCGGUCUGGAGGCGCAGCAGCCCGCGGCACAGCUCAUCGGGCAGUCUCCCUCGUCGUCGUCUCCUUCCUCGUCCUCGGCCUCGUCGCCACGAUCUUCGACUGCCAGCUCUCGCAGUGCCAGCCCGUCGAUGUUUGCCUCGUCGCCCGCCUCUUCGACGACGUCGCUCAGCAGCUCCGGCCCUUCCUUUGACUACUCGACGUCGGCCGCACUGGCUGCCCAGCACGCGAGCAAGAAUGCCAUCGACGUGCCCCCCGAGCUGCAGCGCGCCCGCUACACCGGCGGCCAACUCUACCAGAGCCGGCCCGAGCUUGAUUUCACGCACGUCUACGUCGCCUUUGAGGGCCUCGCCAUCACCGACCCCGACAUCUACGCCCUGGCCACGCUCCAGAUCCUCCUCGGCGGCGGCGGCAGCUUCAGCGCAGGCGGGCCGGGCAAGGGCAUGUACUCGCGCCUCUACUCCAACGUCCUCAACCAGUUCCACGCCGUCGACUACUGCGCUGCCUUCCACCACUGCUACGCCGACUCGGGCCUGUUUGGGAUUGCCGCGUCGGUGCAGCACGACUUUGCGCCCCAGGUGGCCAAGAUGCUCGCCCGCGAGCUCGAGCUGUGCACGGGGCCCUUUGUCCGCGGCGGCGUCACACACGAGGAACUGGCGCGGGCCAAGAACCAGCUCAAGAGCAGCCUCGUCAUGGCCCUCGAGUCGCGCCUCGUCGAGGUCGAGGACCUGGGCCGCCAGGUGCAGGUGCACGGCCACAAGGUCACCGUCGAGGAGAUGUGCGACCACAUUGAUAAAGUCGACCUCGCUGCGCUGCACCGCGUCGCCACGCGCGUGCUCAGGCCCAAGGACUCGCGCAGCACCGUCGUGGCCAUGGGCGAUGUCUCGCGCCUCAACGACGUGCGCGAGCUCCUCUCCUCGCGCGGCCUCGGACAGUGAUUUUCUCUUUCUCUUUCUCUCAGUCAAGCCUGUCAAUCUGCCCCUCUCUAGCUGCCUCACUCAAGCUGUAUUUGUACCGCAAUGAACACGCACCACUCCCACUGAGCUUCUUGUGUUUCUGCAUCUGCGUGACAGCCAC